AUGUCUGUUGAACUCUCUCCCGAACUCAAGUUGCGCUUCAGGGGCAUCAGCGUGAUCGAAUUCACCAAAGACCUAUCAUUGGUCGAUAUAGGUGUCCAGUUAUUCAUGGUCCUCUACGGCCUCUCCGUCUUCCUCGAGUCUCCACGCGAGUCGAGAAGAGGACGCAUCCCGUACAUCAUCAUCAGUUUCGCCAUCCUUAUCCUCACAGCCAUCGCCUCCAGUCUGGAUGCCAUCCGAAACACGCGGAUAAACUUUUUCACGAUGGUCAGAGGGAUCGACGACUAUACGACUGUGUAUUUCACCAUUGAUCGCGAGUGGGAGCGGUUCGUGGCGAGCUUCUUUACCUCUCUUUCUGUUAUCAUCGGGGAUGGACUCUUGUUGUACCGAUGUUGGAUUAUCUGGAAGGAUGUCUGGUGGGCGAUCGUCCUCCCCACGAUCCUCUACCUCACUGUCACCGGCCUUCACAUAUACCAAACCUCCGUCCGCGCCCUCACCAAGCUCCUCAACCGCGCCGACCCCGCCAAAUUCUCCGCCACAGGCGGCUACGUCCACCCCACCGUCGUAGCACUCACCAUCAUCCUAAACAUCCUCAUCACCUCCAUGAUCGCCUACCGGCUCAUCCGUGCGCAACGAACUCUUUCCAAGGUGCUGCCUGGAAGGAAUAUGAAGGUGUACAGCGGCGCCGUGGGCAUCCUCAUCGAAUCGGCUUUUCCAUUGACGUUCUUCGGGAUUGGGUCGACGAUUACUGAGAUGCUUGCGCUGGCGUAUGUUGAGAGGCAACCGUGGUGGUUGAGGAAUAUGGCCACUGCUGGAUCGAUUCUUAAUGGCUUUUACUAUACCUUCGUGGCUCUAUCACCUCAGAUGAUUAUCUUCCGAGUGACGACUGGGCGCUCGUGGAUGCGCCACGAAGAGACCAUCCAUACGAAAACCAGACCUCUCUCCCAGCCUAUCGUUUUCAACCAUGGCUCAGCCGAUGUCGAUGAAUCCCUCCUCGAGUCUUCCAAUCCCCCAGUUUCGAGCCCGGAGGCUGACGACCAUUCCGUGAAGAAAGAACGAUCGAACAUCGUGUAA